GACCGGGCGUGGCGGAGCGGUCCCGUCCCGUCGAAUCGAGCCGGGCCGAACGGGGCCGAACCGAGCCGACCGGAGCGGGGCCGAGCCGAUCCGCUCGGACUGGAGCCAGCCCUGCGGCCGCGGGGGCGGCGCGGCGGGCGGUGCCGCGGGCACUAGGACCCCGGUCAGCGCCCGGCGGGGCCGCGCUCAGCGACCGCCGGGGCCGGAGCCACUUGUGGCGACGACGGGGCCAUGAGCGGGCGGUUCACCGUGACCGGCGGCGGGGGCGAUGGCAAUCCCAAGGAGAGCAGCCCCUUCAUUAACAGCACGGACCUGGAGAAGGGCAAAGAGUACGAUGGCAAGAACAUGGCCCUCUUCGAGGAGGAGAUGGACACAAGCCCUAUGGUCUCAUCCCUGUUGAGUGGACUGGCCAAUUACACCAACCUGCCACAGGGCAGCCGGGAGCACGAGGAGGCUGAGAACAAUGAUGGAGGCAAGAAGAAGCCGGUGCAGGCCCCACGGAUGGGCACCUUCAUGGGUGUCUACCUGCCCUGCCUCCAGAACAUCUUUGGAGUCAUCCUCUUUCUGCGCCUCACCUGGGUAGUGGGGAUUGCUGGCAUCAUGGAGUCAUUCUGCAUGGUCUUCCUCUGCUGCUCCUGUACGAUGCUGACGGCCAUUUCCAUGAGCGCGAUCGCCACCAACGGUGUGGUACCAGCGGGUGGCUCCUACUACAUGAUUUCACGCUCCCUGGGACCUGAGUUUGGUGGGGCUGUGGGGCUCUGCUUCUACCUGGGCACCACCUUUGCCGGUGCCAUGUACAUCCUGGGCACCAUCGAAAUCCUGCUGGCCUACAUCUUCCCAGCCAUGGCCAUCUUCAAGGCAGAGGAUGCCAGCGGAGAGGCAGCCGCCAUGCUCAACAACAUGCGUGUGUAUGGCACCUGUGUGCUGACCUGCAUGGCCACCGUUGUUUUCGUGGGUGUCAAGUAUGUCAACAAAUUUGCCCUGGUCUUCCUGGGCUGUGUCAUCCUCUCUAUCCUUGCCAUCUAUGCUGGUGUCAUCAAAUCGGCCUUUGACCCACCAAGCUUCCCGAUCUGCCUCUUGGGCAACAGGACCCUCUCACGCCAUGGCUUUGACCUCUGCACCAAGAUGGUGGUGGAGGGGAAUGAGACGGUUGGCUCCAAGCUCUGGGAGCUUUUCUGCACCUCCCGCUUCCUCAAUGCCACCUGCGAUGAGUACUUCACCAUGAACAACGUCACUGAGAUCGAGGGCAUCCCCGGCGCUGCCAGCGGCCUCAUCCAAGAGAACCUCUGGAGCUCAUACCUGACCAAGGGCGUGAUCGUGGAGAAGCGGGGGCUGCCCUCAGUGAGCUCCCCCGACACCCCGGUGGACAUGGACCAGCCCUACGUCUUCAGCGACAUGACGUCCUACUUCACCCUGCUCGUCGGCAUCUACUUCCCCUCAGUCACAGGCAUCAUGGCUGGCUCCAACCGCUCUGGAGACCUGCGGGAUGCCCAGAAGUCCAUCCCCACGGGCACCAUCCUGGCCAUUGCCACCACCUCUGCAGUCUAUAUCAGCUCUGUUGUCCUCUUUGGUGCAUGCAUCGAGGGGGUCGUCCUGCGUGACAAGUUUGGUGAGGCUGUCAAUGGGAACCUGGUGGUUGGCACCCUGGCAUGGCCGUCCCCGUGGGUCAUUGUCAUUGGUUCGUUCUUCUCCACCUGUGGGGCUGGAUUGCAGAGUCUCACUGGAGCUCCCCGCCUUCUGCAAGCUAUCUCGAGGGAUGGGAUCGUACCCUUCCUCAGGGUCUUCGGCCAUGGCAAAGCCAACGGGGAACCGACAUGGGCCCUGCUGCUCACAGCCUGCAUCUGCGAGAUCGGGAUCCUGAUCGCCUCCCUGGACGAGGUGGCUCCCAUCCUCUCCAUGUUCUUCCUCAUGUGCUACAUGUUUGUCAACCUGGCAUGUGCAGUGCAAACGCUGCUGCGGACGCCCAACUGGCGGCCCCGCUUCCGCUACUACCACUGGACCCUGUCCUUCCUGGGCAUGAGCCUCUGCCUGGCACUGAUGUUCAUCUGCUCCUGGUACUAUGCGCUGGUGGCCAUGCUGAUCGCUGGCCUCAUCUACAAAUACAUCGAGUACCGCGGGGCGGAGAAGGAAUGGGGUGAUGGGAUCCGGGGCCUGUCCCUGAGUGCAGCCCGCUACGCCCUGCUGCGGUUGGAGGAAGGGCCCCCACACACCAAAAACUGGAGGCCACAGCUGCUGGUGCUGGUCCGUGGGGAUCAGGAGCAGAAUGUGGUGCACCCACAGCUCCUGUCCUUCACAUCACAGCUCAAGGCUGGGAAGGGCCUCACUAUCGUGGCCUCUGUGUUAGAAGGGACCUUCCUGGACAACCACCCUCAGGCACAGAGGGCGGAGGAGUCCAUCCGGCGCCUGAUGGAAGCAGAGAAAGUGAAGGGCUUUUGUCAGGUGGUGAUCUCCUCUAACCUGCGGGAUGGCAUGUCCCACCUCAUCCAGUCCAGCGGGCUGGGGGGGCUGCAGCACAACACAGUGCUGGUGGGCUGGCCCCGCAGCUGGCGCCAGAAGGAGGACCACCAGACCUGGAGGAACUUCAUUGAGCUGGUGCGAGAGACCACAGCUGGGCACCUGGCCUUGCUGGUGGCCAAGAAUGUUGCCAUGUUUCCGGGCAACCAGGAGCGGUUCUCGGAGGGCCACAUCGAUGUCUGGUGGAUUGUCCAUGAUGGGGGGAUGCUGAUGCUGCUGCCCUUCCUCCUGCGGCAGCACAAGGUGUGGCGUAAGUGCAAGAUGCGCAUCUUCACGGUGGCACAGAUGGAUGACAACAGCAUCCAGAUGAAGAAGGACCUGACCACAUUCCUGUACCACCUGCGCAUCACCGCAGAGGUGGAGGUGGUGGAGAUGCAUGAGAGUGACAUCUCUGCCUACACCUAUGAGAAGACACUGGUGAUGGAGCAGCGUUCCCAGAUCCUCAAACAAAUGCACCUCACCAAGAAUGAGCGGGAGCGGGAGGCUGGGCUCUGCCCAGCCAAGCCCUCUUGUGUCCCACCCCUUUGGCUGGCCCUUCCCACACAGAUCCAGAGCAUCACAGAUGAGUCCCGUGGCUCCAUCCGGCGCAAGAACCCGGCCAACACACGGCUGCGCCUGAACGUCCCCGAGGAGCAGGCUGCUGAUGGCGAGGAGAAGCCAGAGGAGGAGGUCCAGCUAAUCCAUGACAAGAACGCCACCACCUUCUCCAGCAGCUCUCAGUCCCCUGGUGAUGAGGUGGAGGCAGCCCCUGAGAAGGUGCAUCUCACCUGGACCAAGGAGAAGUCUGUUGCUGAGAAGAACAAGACCAAGAGCCCUGUCAGCCCUGAGGGCAUCAAGGACUUCUUCAACAUGAAGCCGGAGUGGGAGAACCUGAACCAGUCCAACGUGCGGAGGAUGCACACGGCUGUGAAGCUAAAUGAAGUGAUUGUGAAGAAGUCCCAGAGUGCCAAGCUGGUCCUGCUGAACAUGCCAGGGCCUCCCCGUAACCGGAAAGGGGAUGAGAACUACAUGGAGUUCCUGGAGGUGCUGACGGAGCAUCUGGACAGAGUGCUCCUGGUGCGUGGUGGGGGCCGGGAGGUCAUCACCAUCUACUCCUGAAAGACGGCGCAAGAGAGGUUUGUCUGCACACCGAGAGCCCCGCCACCCCUUUGCACCGCGCUCCCGGAGGGGAGGAGGGAAGGUCGGAUGGCAGCCGGUGCGCAGAACCUUCUCCUGGCUUUGGCCGUGCCCCUGAUCUCUCCAUUCGAACUGCAGCACCAGAUCUUCCGGGAGCAUCCAGCACCAGAGCAGCUGUUCCUCAUUGCAACACCACAGCACUGCUGUCCUUGUUUAUAUAUAAAUAUAUACAGUGAACCGCGGACUGAGCACCAGAGCUCGGCGCUGCCGCUGCCGCCACCGCCCGCCCUGGCAGGGCCAGCCCCGCCGCCAGCCCCAGCAGCGCCGCUGCAGCCCCUGGCCGGGCAGGAGGGCGGCUGUGCCGAGACGGACCUUGGCCCCACCGUGCUGCUACUCCUGCACAGACUCGGCUGGACGCGCCCGUGCCCUGUUCCUCCGCCUGCGCCGUGCCUCCCUGCGAGGCGCUGCCACAAGAGCGGUCACCCCGCUCCCCUCGCUCCUGUCCCCAGCUCCAGCAGCGCCCGGGGCUGCCUCGCACGGCGCUGCACCCCCGCUGCCCCUCACCGCCAUGGACCCGGACAGCCCCACCUCGCCCUGCCUCGGCACCGUCUGACAGACCGCGGGCGGAACUCGUGGAGAUGCAGCACGAUGGUUUGGAGGAGGCAGAGGGCGGGGGGCGGCUGUGUGGGGUCAGGUGUUGGAGCACAGCAAGGCCGUGAGAGCAGGAGCCCUGUCCUAGCGUGGCUGUCCCUGUCCCCGCUGCCUAACUCCAGGCUCUCUCUGCCCUGACGCUGUCCAGGUGCUUGCGCAGGAGUCGCGGUGUGGAGCUGCGGUGUCGGGAGACGCGCAGUGGCCCCGCCGUGUGCAGCGUGAGCCGGGGUCUCUCUCCGGCGGCUGGAGCCGCAUGGGUGCUGGGGACCCCCGAGCACCUGCUCUGGCCUGGCACAGGGGUGUCCCGGACCCCCACCCUGCUCCCCCGCCGCACUAAACUGGGGGCUCUCAGGGCCCAGCACUAGCCAGUCCGGCUGGCCCCAGCACCUGCACGUGUGUCUGGGUCCCCCCGUGCCCCGCUGCACUCGCUGCUGCUCCCCGGGCUUCGCUGCUAACCCAGCCCUGGCCGCGGCCCCGGGCGGUCGCAGAUGCUGCCGGGGGCUGUAGGACAGUCUGAAUCUGUGUGCGUUUUUAACAUAUGCAAAGGCUGUUUGCUGAUCUGACCAGCAAGACGUCACAGCGAGGCGGGGGCUGUAGGGGUCCCACCGCCCCCCGGCAUCAUGACACUCCCUCACCCGGCUGGCCAGGGCAGCCCCGGCAGCAGCCACGCCACAGCCGUCAGCCCCCCCCGGGGCAGCAGAGUCCCCGGGGCAGAUCAAACACCUCUUAUCCUUGGCAGCAGCUGCAGGGUCGCCCCCCGCCACCGUCCCCCUCCCGCCCCCCCAGCAUCUCUCACAGAAGAGAAACUGAGGCGCUUUUAACAAAUGUGAACGGUUCCAGGAACCACGCAGGAAGCGGUGUGAGGGCAGCAGGGUGCCGCUGGCGCCCGCCCCAGCCCCAUGUACAUAGUGUACAUAAUACAGUACGUGUAUUUUUAAAGUGAUCAUAUUUAUGUUAAUAGAACCAGAUGAAGUCUAUAUAUAGAGAUCUAUAUCUAUUCUGAGAGAUGCAGGGCUCUGCUAGCACCAGGCCGCAGGGAUGUGGAGCUGAGCUGGGCUGCUCCUGCACAAACCAGGAGCCCAUCCGUUGCACCGAGUGCUCCAGAGUGGUGGUGGAGGCUGCAGCCUUCCCCGGCCACCAGCAGCCCCUGGGAAAGGGCCAGGUCGCAGGUUUAUUCUCUUCUCAAUUUAGCUUCUUAAAGAGUUUUCAGGGAAAAGAAGUCACAGACUUUUCUGAACUUGUUUCACAGCAGAUUUGAGCUUCCACUCAAAGUGCAGCCUGCUAAGAGUUGCCCUCUCCCGGCAGCACUGGCGGCUUUGUGCCAGCCUGGCCAGAGCUUCGUCCCUGGCCAGAGCUGAGCCCCUGUGCUGAAGCACUCGCCCCCUCAGCCCUUCCAGAUGCUCCCCAGUGCUGCUCUGCACUGCAGCAGGCGCAGGGGGCUGGCACAGGCAGCCCUGACUGGCCCCAGCUCCCUACCCACCCAACUCCCUGCCAACCUUGGCUCCUGCCUCCCUGAGAACAGGAAACCCCCCCUGCACUGGCCACUCCAGCCCCUGCUCCCUUUCAGAGCUCCUCUACUCCAGGUCCAGGCCAAAGCUAUUUGGGGAUGCUUGGAUAAAAAGCAGUGGGUUUUUUGAUGUUGGAUUUUUUUUUUUUUUUUUUUUUUUUGCUAUAAGAUACUACUUGGACACACUCCUAGACCAAAACCAAGCCCCAGUUGCACAUUUGUGCCUGCUCAUACCUUGCUCCUACAUUUCCAUCACUCCCGAAGUGCCUCCCUUCUCUCCAGGAGCAAUCCCAGUCCCAGCCAGACUUUCUGCCAGGGUAGCUCGGCUGCCUGUGUGGCUGCAGGUCUAUGUCACAGACGUUGCUGUGGAAGCCGCUCCCAGAGGCAUGGGGAAAUCAGCAUUUACAGGGGGACUGUCAGGCUGAGCUGGGACCUGGCUUCAGCACAGGAGCUCAGGGCUGACAAAUGGUGCAGAUGUACAGGGUAGCACUUCCCAGUCCUGCUGCUGCCUCAGCAGCCCAGAAGCUGUGAGAAGAGCAGGUAGGGGGUCUGCAAGUGAACAGUUCCUUUAGUUUUGGGAAGGGCAGCCCAUGGGAACCAGCAUUUGCCAGUGUCUAACUGCUCUGCCCCUUAGAGCUGGCCCUAGACCACCACACACAAGCUCACGGGCUGUUUGCAGCCUCCCAAAAUUAUUUGAGGCACUUCAGCAGCAACGGGGGAGGCACAGCAGCCUACCCACACAGCUCAUGUGUUAGCACCAUGUUGUUGGGCCUCGAGCAUUUGCCAGAUGCUCUGCCUCUUCACAAGAUGCCACUCACUCCCUGCAGUUGCCCUCUAAUUGCAGCUUGGCUGCUGCCCCCUGUGCUGCUGGGCCUGAGGCAGCGAGCACGGUCCCCUCCUGCCCUGGCACGUGGCACAGGGCAGAGGGCAGGGGCAGGUUAUGCACAGCCUCUGCUGAGCCUGCAGCCAGCACCCACCCUCACAGCAUCAGGUGAGAGGAUUUUCUGUUGGCUGCAGGUACAAGGCAGCCAGGAAUGACAUUUGCAGAGCAGUGGUGAGAGCAGCCAGGGUACACUUCUGACAGGUUUGCUUCAUCCCCCCAGCAUCACCAGUAGAUCCCAUUCCCUUCAGCAUGACUUCCACCCUGGUGGCAAAGCCAUGGUCCCGGCUCCCCCAGGGAGUAGAGAGGCCAUUCCUUUCCAUCACUACUGCUGACAAAAGGCAUUCCCCUUCUCCAUCCUUCAGUAAGAGCAGGGGCACAGCUCUGGACAGAGUCAGGGCUGCUCCCACACCCCUGCCAGGCAGUUUGGCUGUGGCAAGACAGGAGCUGGUUUCCACAGCGUGUCCCCUCGCCGUUGGCUGGAGAGGGCCAAUUUUAGCAGACAGCACUGCAUGUUAGUUUACAAACCCAGCCCUGCACGUUUGGCCUCUGUGAGUGUUCAGUUUCCCCAUGGAGCACCCUUCUGCCGCUCCACCGUGGUGAAGACAGUGUCCUCCUCUGGUAGACAUGCAAGUUCCUCCUUGGCACAUGCGCAGACACGGUCCGGUUUUUGUUCCAGAUAGGAAGGUCUUGACCCCCCCAGUUUGUUUUACAGGCAGGCUGCUGCUGGAGCAGCACUGAGCAGCACAACCCACGGGAGGGUGGGCUGGAGCGUGGCCACAGCCGGCAGGGAGUGUUCGGCCAGCACAACACAGCGCUGGUAGCACGUGCUCCAGUCCCUGCUGCAAGAGAGCCAAGCAGCCCUGGCCCCUGUGAAUGGCAGUGGACAGCUCAGGUCACUGUGGAGGGCAGCUCAGGUCGCUGUGGCCACCAUGUGACACAGGCAACAAGCCACAGGGCAGCAGGGACAGGAGGCACAGGCAGCAUCCAGCCUGGGCAGGUGCUGGUCCAUGGCUGGAUGAGAGGAAGGACAAGAGACUGCACAGGGGCAAGAGUUGCACUAGAAGAGUCAAGACCCUCCUCUGUGUAGCAGGACUAAAAACUAGCAGAAAGACCGAAAGGUCUGAGAUCUGCUGGUUGCAACACUUUCUGUGCUACAUGUGCAAUAUAUUUGUUAUGAAUGUUAUCACAAAGUCGGUUCAUUCAAUGCUCUUUUAAUCACUGUAGCUAGAUGUUCUCUGUCCAUUCAAGUGACUUUUAUUCGAGUGCAAUAUUUCAAUAGACAUGUAGUGACCUAGAAUGCUUUGUGUUUUAGAGAAUCUGUGUGCAGAGCAAUGCAAUUAAGUUUAAAACCUUGUAAAUAAAACAGGUUGCAAACCAAAAAAAACCCACAACCUAUUAGGCUUGCAUUUAAUUUCUGUGUGUAUUUCAGUGUUGUGCAUUAGGCCGCCUCAGUGCAAACCCUGUGUUCUCUGUGCAGGUGUUCAUGGAGGAGUGGCUCCUCAGCUGUUGAAUGCUCCCUGUUACUGCUUUACUGCUUUACCUGUAUUCAUUUUUCUAGACUCCUGUCUGCACAAAAUGCAAUAAAUGAUUUUAUUACACCCUUCA